AUGACUUCCCGAUUGAUGCCCUCGGCCACCCUUGGCCGGCGCUUGCUGCGCGGCCCUGUCCCCAGCACUCUGCGACGCCUCGCCUUCACCUCGACCAGGGGCCCUGUUCCCGCGGCUCUGCAGCGUCGCACGUUCACCUCCUCGAAGCUCAGAUACCAGCAGGCCAACUCGCCCGCCUUCCACUCUCAAUUGGAAGAUCCGGCUGCCGCUGCCAUCUUCUCGUCCAUGCAGUCCGCCAAAGCGGUUCCCCAGACUUUGACCGAAAAGAUUGUCCAGAAAUACUCCGUCGGACUCCCCGAAGGAAAGUACGUCCAAUCUGGCGACUAUGUGACCAUCGCACCCCACCGCUGCAUGACCCACGACAACUCAUGGCCCGUGGCCUUGAAGUUCAUGUCUAUCGGAGCGUCCAAGAUCCACGACCCCAGCCAGGUUAUCAUGACCCUCGACCACGAUGUGCAGAACAAGACCGAGAAGAACCUCCAGAAGUACCAGCAGAUUGAGGAUUUCGCCAAGCUCCACGGAGUGGAAUUCUACGGCGCCGGACGAGGAAUCGGACACCAGUUGAUGGUGGAGGAAGGCCAUGCUUGGCCUGGAACACUCUGUGUGGCAAGUGACAGUCACUCCAACCACUACGGUGGUAUUGGAGCAUUGGGCACUCCCAUUGUUCGUACCGAUGCUUCUUCUGUUUGGGCUACCAAGAAGACAUGGUGGGCGAUUCCCCCUGUCGCCAAGGUCACCUUGAACGGUGUCCUGCCUGCCGGUGUCACCGGAAAGGACCUUAUCGUCGCCUUGUGUGGAAUUUUCGGAAAGGACGACGUCUUGAACCACGCAAUUGAGUUCACCGGCUCCGAGGAGACCAUGCGCAGUCUGCCUAUCGAUUACCGCCUGACUAUUGCCAACAUGACCACCGAAUGGGGUGCCCUCUCUGGCCUGUUCCCCAUGGAUGACGUGCUGAAGUCUUGGAUGACUGCCAAGGCCACUCUCGGAGCCAUGGGAUUAGCUGGUGGUGACGGCUCAUACAAGACCCUGGCAAGCCAAAACUUCACCCACGCUGCCAUUGAUGAGCUCUUCGCCAACCCCCUGAAGGCCGACAAGGGAGCCAAGUACGCCAAGGAGCUGUUCAUCGAUCUGGCCUCGCUUACUCCCUACGUCUCUGGCCCCAACUCGGUUAAGGUGGCUACUCCGCUGAGCGAGCUGGAGGCUGCUGACAUCAAGGUCAACAAGGCCUACCUGGUUUCUUGCACCAACUCCCGCGCCUCUGACAUCUGUGCCGCCGCUCAAGUUUUCCGUGAAGCUACCGAGAAGAACGGAGGCCAGGUCGCCAAGAUUGCCGAGGGCGUCGAGUUCUACAUCGCCGCCGCGUCUAUUCCCGAGCAGCGUGCUGCCGAGGAAGCUGGUGACUGGCAGGUCCUGCUUGAUGCCGGUGCCACCACUCUCCCUGCCGGGUGUGGUCCCUGCAUUGGUCUCGGCACCGGUCUGCUUGAGCCUGGUGAGGUUGGCAUCAGUGCCUCUAACCGAAACUUCAAGGGCCGCAUGGGAUCCAAGGACGCCCUUGCUUACCUUGGCAGUCCCGAGGUCGUGGCUGCCAGUGCUCUGAGCGGAAAGCUCAGCGGCCCUGGCUGGUACAAGGCCCCCGAAGGCUGGGAUGGUGUUAAGUUUGGCGAAGGCGACGGCAUCCGCGAGGAAGAUCGUAUGCUCACAACCGAGGAGGCCCUUGAGAAGCUUCUUGGCCAGAUGGACGACCUCGUGGCCGAUGGCGAGAAGCGCUUCACCCCCGCCGAGUCUGCCGAGUCUACCGAGGUCGGAGAAACUGCCUCUGAAGACUCCCUCACUGAGCUUUACCCUGGCUUCCCCGAGAGCGUCUCCGGCGAGAUCGUCUUCUGUGAUGCCGACAAUGUCAACACUGACGGAAUUUACCCCGGCAAAUACACAUACCAAGACAACGUCUCGGAAGAGACAAUGGCUCAAGUCGUCAUGGAGAACUACGACGGUGAAUUUGCCAAGAUCGCCAAGCAAGGCGACAUCCUCGUCUCUGGCUUCAACUUUGGCUGCGGUAGCUCCCGUGAGCAGGCUGCCACUGCCAUUCUCGCCAAGAAGAUUCCCCUUGUUGUCUCCGGCAGCUUCGGUAACAUCUUCUCCCGCAACAGUAUUAACAAUGCCCUGAUGGGUCUCGAGGUCCCUCGCCUCAUCAGCCGUCUGCGCGAGACCUUCAACGCUGGCGACAAGGCCCUGACCAUCCGUACCGGAUGGACUCUGACUUGGGAUGUCCGCCGCAGCCGCAUUGAGGUCCAGGAGGGUCCUAAUGGCCCCAAGUGGACCCACAAGGUCGGUGAGCUCCCUCCCAAUGUGCAGGAGAUCAUUGCCAAGGGAGGUCUCGAGAAGUGGGUUAAGAACGCCAUCGGUGCCUAA